AUGACCCGCCGCGCCAAAGUCGUGGUGCAGACCCGGACACAUGAGCUAGAAUGUGAGGUACUGCUUCGAACAUGUGGACCACGAGCUCGUGCGGCGCUUCAGUGUGACGGCAGGAAGUUGCAGAUACAAUGUGCGUGUAGUGUCAGGCACACCGGGGGUCAGAUGCGUCUACUAGCCUCAGGCCUACAUCAGAGCGGGAUGCGGCCAGCCGUAGCCGCCUUUAUGCGUAAAAAUGCAGAAGUAUUCAAUGUGCGCUCCGUGGAAUACACCGGUGUGACGCGCGACAAUGCCUUGCGUUAUGCCUGCGUCUUGCGCCCGAUUCCGCGCGGUACUACGGCUCCCAAAUACAUAUAUCUGCACCUGCUAUGGCACUGGCGAGAUGAAUCAAUCGUUCAGGCUCUAUGCGCUCCCGUUAUGGGAAUGCCACUCUUGCAUGCACUGCACCAGGCACUAUACGAGUCGAUGGUGCGUGUAAUCGCACCGCACGCCGAACACAUCAAUGGUGCAUAUGCACAUCAUGUAUGUCAAAUGACACCGCUGAUACAUUGCGUUGCUCAAAGCAUAGCAGGCAUAACGCAUCCUGCCUCGACUGCCGAUCCAGCGCGAGAAAUUGCGCGCGUGUUGAAUCUGGCUGACCGAAGCAUACUACCACCGUCGACAUUUCCCAUGCCAUGCACGACACUUGAGCAUGACCCAGCGCCACAAGACUUGCCGAACCUCUCGACAGACACAACCUAUAUCUUGUCGCCCCCACGCGCCUUGUCCAUUAACGGCGACUCCUCCGACGCUAGAUGGGACGAUGACCAUGAUAUGUGGGCAACGCCAUGUGCCUCGCCUAUAGACUCUAUCAACAUAUAG